AUGUCUAAAACAAUUCCUCUUGCAUUGCUUCUUAGAUUGGCUGGUCUUCUUCGGAGAACUCUUCUUUCCAAGAAGUUCUACUCCGAAGUCUCCACCAAAAUCUUGCUGAAGACUUCAACCAUGGAUGCCAACUUGUAUUUCAUUUGUUACCUGACGUUAAUGGUGGCCUCGGCUCUUGAAAACAAGCCUGAAAUCAAGCGGUUCCUUCUCAAACUGUACUAUAAACUCAUGCUGGUGGUUUCACUGGUUAUACGCCGAGUUUCAGGCGUUGAUAUCUCCAAAUCCAACGGUAAAUGUUGUUUGACCACUGCCCCACAACAUUUUGAUGCACCCACCGAGGGAUCGAACUUGGCUAAGUACUUGAAACGUAUAUCCUCCUAUAUUGCAGAUAUACGGAUCUUCAAUCGGUUAACAGAUAAUAUUACUUAUAUCCCUUGGCUUCUUGAUGAAUUUGCCGAGUUUGGUAACCCUUUGCUGGCCAAGUCAUUCUCCGAUCGGGUCAUUGGAGUUCUCCAACCCAUCAACUGUAUCGUGCUUGAAGGACUUGAGAAUGCCGGUUGGGUUCUUGAUCAUAAUUGGGUGGGCACCAGCGAUAACCCUUAUUGGAGCUUUGAAACUUAUAUUUGGUGUUGUAGGGUUUGGGGGUUGUAUUUGGCCUUAGAAAUUGCCCAAUUGAUUAGAAACACUCCAAUUAGCAAAUGGAAUAAAGCAUGGCAAGUCCAAUUGUUCCAACAAGUGAUUCAAUUACCUUUGGUUUUACAUUGGUCUUUAAGAGACGGUUGUUUGACUCCAUUUUGGGUAGGAUUCUGUGGUAGCGGUGCAAGUUGGUUUAAGUUUAAAGACCUUUGGUUAUCACUUGACAUUUAA